AUGAGCCCGGAGGACCACCCCGAUGCCAUCACCACAGUGCCGGAGCCGGCAGAGGUUGAACUAGGCGCAAUGCCAAGGCCAUCGGCCGCCAGGAAAGAUCCCGACACGGAUCCUUUUCUCGUGGAGUUUGAUCCGACCUACGACGCCGAGAACCCACUCGACUGGCCCAAAGGGCGCAAGUGGAUGGUGACCGAUGUCCUCUCUGCCACCGGCUUCAACCGCAUCAUGGUUUCGACAAUCAUGGCGCCCGCCCUGUCGACCAUCGCCGACGAGCUCAGCAUGAGCCCCACCGAGGCGGCCAUGUCCCUGUCUAUCUAUCUCCUGGCGACUGCCUUUGGUCCUCUAUUCAUCGGGCCUCUCUCGGAAAUUUACGGCCGGACUGUCAUCCUCCACGGCUCCAACGUCUGGUUUCUUGUCUGGAAUAUUGUCUGCGGAUUUGCCAAGACCAAAGAGACGCUCAUCGCAUCUCGCUUCCUCGCUGGCUUCGGCGCCAGCGCCAUUUAUGCGCUGGCCGGUGGCGUGCUAGGCGAUGUUUGGAGACCUGAGCAGCGCGGCCGAUCCUUGGGAAUGUACCUCCUUAUUCCUCUGCUUGGUGCCGCAGUCGGGCCCAUCAUCGGCGGCUUCAUGGCCGGCCGCACCACCUGGCGGUGGAUGUUCUGGGCCACCUCCAUCUUCCAGGGCGCCAUGAUCGCUGUAUCCUUCCUCAGCUUCCGCGAGACCUACGCUCCGCUCAUCCUGCGCCGGCGCGCCGAGCGCCUGCGCGAACAGCACAGCGAGCCACGGUACCACACGCUGGCCGAGCGGCGCGACAGGGGCCACUCGAGGCCCGGGGCAGUGCUAGCACUUGCGUUGUCGCGGCCGGUGCGCCUACUGCUUCGGCACCCAAUCAUACAGGUCUCGGCAUUGCUGUCAGGCUUUGACUAUGGUAUCAUGUAUGUCACUCUGUCAACUUUUUCGGAGAUCUGGACGCGACAGUACGGGCAGUCGGUCGAGAUCAGUGGACUGCACUACAUCGGAGUCUCGCUGGGCGAGGUCGUGGCGUCGCUGGUUGGGGGACGAGUGAUGGAUUGCUUGUACAAGCGCAAGGCCCUUGAUCCGCAACCCGAGUCGCGCUUGCCAGUCGUCAUCCCUGCCUUUACGGUGGCGUGGGCCGGUGUGCUGAUGUACGGAUGGACUGCGCAGUAUAGGUUGUCCUGGCUGGUCGUUGAUCUUGGUGUCUUUAUCAUGAUGUUUGGGAUGCAGCUGGGCGGCAUGCCCACGACUGCAUAUGUGAUUGAUGCAUACGGGGAGCACACAAGCAGUGCCAUGGCCUCCCAGCAAUUUGUCAGAAGUCUCAUGGCGUUUUGCUUUCCCUUAUUCGCCCCGAGUCUCUACGACACACUGGGAUACGGCUGGGGCAACAGCGUCAUGGCAUUUGCAGGCUUCGCACUGGCUGUUCCCAUCCCCCUAUAUCUAUACAGAUACGGGCCCAGCUUGAGGGCUCGGGCGAAGUCGACCUACUGA